AUGGUCAACACCAUCAAAGAAGCCUACGAGCAUGUCAAGGAGUGUCUCGAUGAAAGUGUGUUGAUGCGCUUCGCAAUUUGGAUACGGUUCGUUGUGGACGUGGACCACUGCAACUAUGAGGCGUCUGUCAACUCGGGCAGCGCGCACCUCACCGUGUCCGCGUGUGGACACAUGCCGCUGACUGGAACUCUUUUCCAUGGUCCUGGCAUUCAGUAUGACAACAACGGCUUCACCUUCUCCUCGUGUGCACUUGGAGUGGCUUGUGCAGACCUUCGCUUUGAGAACAAGGCUGCCGACUGUCAGUUCGACAAUUGGGACAUCAUGGUCAAGGCAAGAACCGAGAACUUCGCGGACAUCUCGACAAACUGGAUCACAGUGCUUUCAAACGUGACCCUGCGUGAAUAG